AUGAAGAUUACAAAGUUUGUGCUUAUGUUUUGUUUUUUUGUGGUAGGAGUCAACGCUAAGCAUUAUUUUAUGAAGGCUUGCAAUGGAUCUGAUGUUAUACUAACAGAGUUUAAAAGCUACUCGGUAUUAAAAAGUUAUACAGUUUUUAUUAAUAAACAUUUAGAAGCUGGUACCAACGUGACUAUUCAAUUUGCUCCCAAUGUAGAUCUUGCUGUUCAUAUUAAUUUUGAGUCUGUAAUACAUAUAUUGGGUAAUAAUGUAUUCAGAGUAACGUUACCGGAUGAAGCAAAACUUGGUAUGCUAUUUUACACAAGAGCAUCGAUUUCAUAUAAAGCUUCGGAUAUUUAUGUUAUAAGUGUCCUUAUCAACGGUAAAGAAUAUUGUACAAACUCUGCUUUAAAAUCGACAGAACAAAGCGUUACACCAAAACUGUCGUGUGGACAACGUAAAGUGAAACAUAAUCAGCUUAUAACCCAUGGACUCGAAGCGAGAGCCGGAGACUGGCCAUGGCAUGUUGCAAUAAGCAGUAUAUCCAAUUCUGCCUUCCGAUAUAUUUGUGGAGGAUCUCUUAUUUCAGAUACAUUUGUUUUAACAGCUGCUCAUUGCGUAACAAAAUUUGGUGUUCCGGUGUUGCCAGAUUAUUUGGGGAUUAGUCUUGGCAAGACUAAUUUAAUUGGAGGCGAUGAAUGUCUUCAGGAAAGAGAGGUUUUUAAAAUCAUUGUACAUGAAAAAUUUUCUCAUAGAAAACUUGACAAUGAUAUAGCAUUAUUGAAAAUGACCACGCCAGUUAUUUUUAACGAUUAUAUACAGCCUGUUUGUAUGUGGUCUGAUAGAGUGAAUAAGACUGUUCCAAUUGGAGAAAUCACUGGAUCGGUAGUUGGAUGGGGCUUUGAUCAAACAGAUUCAUUAAGUCGAACUCUUCGCACUGCUCACAUACCCUUAGUAUCAGAUGAGAUUUGCAUUAAAAGAAAGCCAAUAUUUUACGGUAGCUUCCUAAAUGGUUAUAAAUUUUGCGCUGGACUUAUCAAUGGAACGUCCGUAUGUAAUGGAGAUAGUGGUGGAGGUUUUGUUGUUUUCAUACCAAAUGAAGAUAGUGGAAUAACUAGUUCUCCUGAUGGAGUAUGGUUUAUACGAGGAAUAAUUUCUCUUGCAUUGAGCAGAGAAAAUUAUAGAGUAUGCGUUUGUGAUCCCAACGAAUACGUUAUAUUUACUGAUGUUGAUAAAUAUGAAGAUUGGAUAAGAGAGCACAUGAAA